CUACAGAGCAGCAAGCAGAAGGGACCAAACGAAGAGAAAAAAAAAAAGACGACAUCCCACUGGCAUGUGGCGCAUGUACCUCGUUGGUAGGGAUACUUGGGCCGGACCCGCCACCACGGCAUUCCUGGGCGUCCCUUUCCUCGCAUUCGACCUGUGAAUGUCUGAAGCACAUGCUAAUCAAUCUAGUCUCGCAUCCUAAGGGGUUCAGGCAACAUGGUUAGGCCAGCCCCAUACAACAAGACGUGGUGAGGUGGGCUCUUUCUCAUGCUCUCAUCUUCUCACCUGUUCUGUCCUGUCGUCUCGACCAAGACGUAGAUAAAUACUUUCAUUUCAGUCCAUGCCCGUCUGUGGCGCCAACCUCGUCACCAUCCAUCUGUACACGCUCUUCUCCGUUCCAGCCGCCUCUCCUCCAUCCAACCAGCUGCCUCUCGGUCUCCGACAUCCCUCUACCGCUAUCUGUGAGUCUCCCUCCUUCUCUCACACUCACUCCCCUUUCUGCCCUCCUCCUUCUACGCUUCUCUCAUGUGCGUCUCGUCUUGUCUCGUCUCUCCCUUUUGGCUUUGACUUACCUACUACUCUUCCCUCCCUACUAUACAUCCUUCUCUUGAUUCUUCCCUCUCCAACAACCCAAAGCCUUUCCAUCUUCCUACACUCCCAAUUCUACCGCCCAACACAUAUCUCGACUCGCUUCACUCUCCUAGCCUUUUUCGCCCUGCUUUGGACUCGAUCAGUUCUGAUAUCGAAUCGUCUAGCAAACCCUCCAUACCCACUACGAGACCCUACCCCGGAGCCUCAACCGCAGCUUUCCUAAGCCGCAAGCCCCCCCCCCCCCCUUGCGCACGAGCUUACUCCGCAGCGAAUCCUCCUUCAACUCUCGACCAGAAUUCGCCAGGCUUCACGCUUCGACGAAUUAAUACCUUCAACUUUCCCACGCAACUCUCGCCAAUCUACUAAAUGCCCAAAAUGGCCCAAGUCAACGGUGACCUCCCGAGCGUGCCCUCGGCUGCCCUCCAGCACUUCCUGGAUUACCCUGUAGUACACGACGGUGUCGUUACCUUCAGGAACCACCCCGUCGGCAAGAAGUCCCUGGUCUACAGCGACUCUGCCUACAAGACCUUUGCCGAGCCUCUUCUCCCUUACUUCGCUCGUCCUUGGGGAUACCUGCGCCCCUAUGCCGAAAAGGCAGACAACCUCGGCGACCAGGCCCUGACCAAGGUUGACGAGCGCUUCCCCGUCGUCAAGAAGCCCACCGAGGAGCUGUACGCCGGUGCCAAGGGCAUCAUUGCCCUGCCCAUUCGCACUGGUUUCGAAGCCAAGGACCACGUUCUGAAGACGUUCAGCCAGCAGAAGAAGAAGGUCGGCAGUGAGAACGUUGUUGCAUACGGCAAGGCCCUUAUCGGAACCGCCCUUAUCACCACCAGUGAACUUAUUAUCUGGGUUGGCGACGUCAUCCACUACAAGAAGGAGGAGGCCAAGGACGUGGUCAAUGAGAAGGUCAACAACUAAGCGCCAUGGCUCGCGAUUGUACAGCUUGCUAGCCUGCCGACGUUUCACCUCAACCCACCCUCCAUUUCAUAUACCCUUCCCUCCCUUCGCGGCUUUCUUGAACUACUUAUAGGUUCUGGGACCGUAGUCAUGAUGGCGAAUGCUUCUACGACAUGCAGCAAGGAACGGAAUCUAUACCUCGGAUAAAGAGUUUUUCAUGUACUGUUUUUGUGUGCUAUGUUGAUUUCCUUUGUCUAUUCCAAUCAGUGGUGUACGAGUGAGGAAGAGAGAGCUAGGCAUCUAGUGCGCCGCUCUGGUCCUUCAUUUUCGAAGGCCAAUCGGACUUGGGCUAUUCCCACCGUGGCUGAUGGCGCCCACCAAGGCGCCCGAUCUUCCCUCAGGGUUGAUGAGCACGGCUUGACUUUCGGCCGACGUUAAAGUCUUUUUCGAAAGGUUGAACUUGUGCUGGAGCUGGAGUUGGUGUCGGAUUUUUCAUAGGAAUCAAAAUCUCUAAUAGAUACUCUGUGUUUCCUGACCAAGCCUGUCGUGGCGUGUGACGUAGCACCGCGUGAGACCAAGAACUUAGGUAGCCAGCAUGGGAGCUCACUCGCACAGACCCAAGUCCUGGAUGUAUGUAGACGCACAAGCU